UCAUCUCCUGUACUAUGUCUGCAGUCUCUGGUCAUCUCCUGUACUAAGUCCGCAGUCUCUGGUCAUCUCCUGUAGUAUGUCCGCAGUCUCUGGUCAUCUCCUGUACUAUGUCCGCAGUCUCUGGUCAUCUCCUGUACUGUGUCCGCAGUCUCUGGUCAUCUCCUGUAGUAUGUCCGCAGUCUCUGGUCAUCUCCUGUACUAUGUCCGCAGUCUCUGGUCAUCUCCUGUACUGUGUCCGCAGUCUCUGGUCAUCUCCUGUAGUAUGUCCGCAGUCUCUGGUCAUCUCCUGUAGUAUGUCCGCAGUGUCUGGUCAUCUCCUGUAGUAUGUCCGCAGUCUCUGGUCAUCUCCUGUACUAUGUCUGCAGUGUCUGGUCAUCUUCUGUACUGUGUCCGCAGUCUCUGGUCAUCUCCUGUAGUAUGUCCGCAGUCUCUGGUCAUCUCCUGUACUAUGUCCGCAGUCUCUGGUCAUCUCCUGUAGUAUGCCCGCAGUUCCAUUGGUUCAGAAUGUUUUUUUUUCUUGUUUUCCUCCUCAAA